ACUUUUGCUUGGAGUCUGCUCGCUUACCAUAAUCUACCCCUGUGUUUGUCGCUUUUUAAAAAACUAGCAGAUAUUCUCAAAUUUCUGACAGAAACGAACCCUUUCAGCAAAUGAUACCACCCCCACCCCAAUCUACUGUAUUGGCUUUGUUUGUUGAGAAAUAAGGGAAUUUUUCUCUUAGAUGCAAUGUAUUAGGCAGUCAGACACUGUCUCUUGCAAAGUUGUGAGUGGUUGAUGUGAAUCUUAUCUGAACUAUAUAGCCGUAAGAUGUUUUCCAUUAAGCAACGUGUGUGUGUGCCUACAUAUACGCAGCAUGUUGCCAUUAGAGUGAGCAGGAAUGGACAAAUUCGAGUUAAUGAAAUGUUUGACAUUCUGCCUGCAGGGAUAUAAAUACGACCGCCAUUAAAUGUUUUCAAAUAUCUGUCUUUACAGAGGCUGGGUUGGAAGCACGUCAGAUGGUGGGAAGGCUGUAAUAUAUCCUCUCCCUCACUGCUCUCUCCAGCUUCCAGCAAUGCAUUGACCCGCUUGUCUGCAGUUCAGCUUUAAGCUGGAUUCGACAGCAGCUCUGUGCCAUUUUGAAAUUCCAGGGUUUAGUCUUCUCUCCCUCUCUGAGAGCCGCGGCGUUUCAUUGAGGAACAAAAACUGGAGAAGUGACCGCGCUUUAGAAACUUUUUGGAUGAUUAGUACAAAUGUAUAUGGACAGAAGCUGCUCCGGGGAAACUGCUGGGGCCCGAGUGAAAUUGGAGACUUGACAUUUGAUCCAGGGUAUACUGGAACCAGUCUUCCAGAAUAGUGAAAAGAGGAAUUACUUAUGAAUUAAACACAGCAUGUCUUCGCUGAAUUAUCCAAACUGGGUGACUUUUGAUGAUGAUUAUGGUUUCCAGUCACCAAAACAGUCCUUCAGUUCGGACAAUGGGCACAAAUCCAAUGGUCUGGUAUUGAGUCUUUCUUCUCAACAUCAUUUGUUCAGGACAUCUGCCUCUGGCAGUAACACGCCACUUUCUUCACCAUUCACAAACUUUCCUUCCACGCCAAUGUCUGGACUUCAGACACCAAUCACAGCAAGCUCAUCCGGGGAUAGCUGUUUCUUUAAGUUUGAGGAUCUGUCACAAACCGAUCAGUUUAGGCCACAUAAUAAUGAGAAUGGAUACACCAAUCCAUUUUGGAAUCAGAGUUAUAUUUCAAGCACUGGUGUUUCUCACUGUGAACAAGAAAGUAACCAGACUCAUGAAAUCUCAACCACAAGCACAACAAGCACUUUUUUUCAUGGCCCCAAGCAAAUGAAUGGACCCCAGAAAAGUUGGAGUAAUUCCCCUCUAACUGUUCUUUGUCAAAAACAUGAAAAGAUACAAGCAGACGACUUCCAACCUUCAAAGACAUUUUCAGAAAACAAACAACAUCAUGUUCAAAUAUCUUCACCUAAUGUUAGGAAUCUCUUCAGAAUUGGGUACAAAAAUGGUUGGCCUUUAAUGAUGAGGAUCCCUGAGAAGAAGAAUAUGAUGUCUUCCCGUCAAUGGGGCCCUAUUUAUCUGAACCUCCUGGCUGGGGGGGUUUUACAACUCUAUUAUGAACAGGGCCUUGAGAAACCUUUCAAAGAAUUUCAGUUGCAACCGUAUUGUAGGCUCUCAAAACCCAAGCUGGAGAACUACAAGGCAUCAGAAAAGAUCCACACAGUGAAGAUUGAACAUGUGUCAUACACAGAAAAACGAAAAUAUCACCCAAAAACCGAAGUCCUACAUGAAGCAGAGGUUGAACAGGUGUUGAAAUUUGGAACAACUGACUACAAGGAUUUCACAGACUUCAUUGCUGCUGUUGAAGAGGAACUAAUGAAACUACCUCUCCUUACACAGCGCAGAAAGAGCUAUGAAGAACAAGAAAUGAUACUUGAAAUAACGGAUCACUUCUGGGGAAAAUUUUCAAGAGAAGGGAAAAUGAUUGAAGCUUCAGUGGUGACCCACGUUUAUUGUCUGUGCUUCAUUAAUGGCAAUGUUGAAUGUUUUUUGACUCUUAAUGAUUUACAGCUUCAAAGGAAAGACCGCUGUUAUUUGAAAAAUGAUAUGGAUAGCACAUGGAUUCAGAUCUCUGACUACCGGGUUCAUAAGUGUGUGAAAGAAAAUGAGUUUGAAAAAUCUAGAGUCAUAAAAUUCACUCCUCCUGAUGCCUGUAGAUUGGAGCUGAUGCGUUUCAAAACAGUCUGUGACAAUCCUGAGCUUCCCUUUUUGUUAAAGGGUCUGGUCACAGUUCAUGGAGCCUACACAGAAUUGCAAGCAUUUCUAGUUAUGUCCGCUGCCUAUUCCAAUCUCCAAAACAGGCUAUCAUCUAUGUAUUGUGAAAAUGUGAUGAUACGCUUUCCUGUUCCCCCAGCUUGGUUCAAGAUAUUUCGAACUGGGAAUCUCUUCAGACAGAAGUCCUUGAAGGCGAAGAUGAAUCGGAAUGCUCGAUUUGGCUCUGUUAGCACAACAAAUGGUGAACCAGUAAUGCAAGUCACCAUUGGUACAGCUAAAUAUGAGCAAGCUUUCAAGGCAAUUGUCUGGAGGAUUGAUCGUCUCCCUGAUAGGAAUGCAGCAUCUGACCAUCCACACUGUUUUUCUUGUAAACUUGAGCUGGGUUCAGAUCAAGAAAUACCUUCAGAAUGGAAGCCAGUCAUUGCUGUGGAGUUUGAGGUACCUGACACAUCAGCUUCCAAAGUGCAAAUGAAAUCAUUUGGAACAGAAAGUGAUAUCCAGCCAGAGAAGCACAUUCAUCGAAAAGCUCAAUACCACUACCAGCCCAGACUCUAUAAAUCUGUUAUUGAGGAUGUCAUCAGCAAUGUACAUGAUUUUUUCCUUGAGGAAGGUAUUGACGAUCAUGUUCUCAAGGAUCUGAAGCAGCUUUGGGAGAGCAAACUUCUACAGUCCAGAGCGGUGGAAGGCUUUUUCAGGGAAAAUAAUCACCAGCAGAUCAUGUUGGAACUCCAGCAGCAAAAAACUCAUCAAACUGUACAUACAUCAUCAGCUUCUAUUGUGAUUCCUGCUGGUAGAAGUGUUCAGAAUUUUACCUCUGCAGAUUUGAAUGCUUCAGGUGCUACAACUACUCUUGCAUUGCCUUCUGGCAUUGGUCUUCCAAUUCAGGUUCCCGCUGGAGUUACCUUGCAGACUGCUUCAGGUCAUAUGUAUAAGGUCAAUGUUCCAGUGAUGGUAACACAAAGUGCUGCAGGCCAGAAAUAUUUCCAGCAGCCUGUUCGUCAUUUCAUUCAGCAAGUAAAUCCAGUUACAGGGCAGACAGCUCUCUUCCAACAAAACACUGUUUCUAGUCAAACACAUGUCAUUCAGCAGGCUUCACAAGACCAAGCACCAACACUCCAACAAUCCAAUUCAGGUCAAGUUUCCACACAUCAGCAAUUGCUGACCAACCAAUCUUUUGAUGUAGCUAAUCAGUCUGUUCUGCAACAGCCUGGCAUAUCAAGACACGUAUAUAUUCAACAACAGGGUACAAUGAAACAGGUUGUUUUACAACACACUGGGAUGGGGGUACAGACAGGGCCACCUAUUGUUAUUCAGAGACAGUCCAUAGCAAACACAGGAACGCUAGCACAACAUGUAAUAUCCACACAGCCAACUCAACUGGAACAGUCUGUGGAAGAACAAGUGACCACUGGCCAGACUCAACAUCUGUUAAUUCAAAAUUCAGAUAAUGCUCCUCCAGCUCAUACCCUUAUUGUACAAAACCAAGCAUCUGAACCAAAUGAAGGAACAAACAUACCACAAUGUGUUUCUGAGCAGUGUGUAGUCCAACAGUUUAUACCCCAGGUGAAUGAAACCUUGUUAAUGGUUGCGACCACAUCUGAGGAACAACCAAUCAAAGUUGAAGAGUCAUCCAUCCCACAGUUAGAUGGAACUAAUGAUACGUCUUCAGAUGAAGAAAUUGGUAACCUGCGGGAAGUGGAAGAAAAUGAUAUACUUGGAAUUAUUGAUGCUGAAGACCUUAAAGCUCUUGAAGGUUAUGAUGAAGAUGAUAGUUCUAGCCCUGACACCUCCAGUGAUGGCUCUGAUGAAGAACCUAAAGAAGAAAUUAUAGAAGAAGAUCCUUUAAAUUCAGGCGAUGAUGUAAGUGAACAGGAGGUACCUGAUCUAUUCGAUACAGAUAAUGUAAUUGUUUGCCAAUAUGACAAGAUUCACAGAAGUAAAAACAAGUGGAAAUUUUAUCUUAAAGAUGGAAUAAUGACCUUCAAUGGGCGGGAUUAUGUGUUCUCUAAAGCUGUCGGGGACGCAGAAUGGUAGAAGUGAAAACGCUAACUUAAACAAGUGACCUAAUCCGUUAUAUGAAACGUUUUCAAAUGAUUUGUGUGGAUUGAUGGCUUCUCACUGUGCCCAAGAACUAAUUCAUAACAAAUGUUGGUACAAGUUAUGCUUUGUUUUCAUCGACGUUUCACGUACUUAUGAUAUAAUUCAUCAGGAUCUGUUAUGAUGUAAGUUCUUUCAAAAGGUAUUGAACUGACUAAUAAUGAUACUUAAAAAACUUGAAAUGGAGUAAAGUUACUAAUUACAUGGCUAAAUAUAGUUUAUUGCAGGAAACUUUAAUUCUAUUUUGAAAAAUAAAAUUAUUAUGCAAAACGUAACUCAUAAAGAAGCAAAAUGAAACUGCACACAAGCACAAGUGGAAAAAUGUUGCCUACUAUAUAAAGUUUUUGUUCAGAUUGGGCAGAAAACUCUUGAGUAAUUACUUAAUGGUCUAUUUUUACCAGAUGAACAACCGUUAUGUAACACUAAAUACUGAUUAUACCCAAUAAAUUGGUAUUUUAAUAAUGGAAAGAAAAUGCAUAAAGGGAACAUAGUGUGGGGCUCUGUUCCUUGCAUAUUUGGAGAUAACUAGCAAGAAUGUACUUUUUUUCAGACCAGUUCUACUGUCCCAUGUACAACAGCCACUCACAGUAAUAUUCUUUUUGCCAUACAUCUGAAACCAAUUUAUUUUUCCAUAUGGUAUACUGUUUUAGAAGGAAAUCCACAACCCAUCAAGGAGGUUUCCUCACUAAAUAUGUAAAUGUUCAUUGAAACUUUUACAUGUAAUGCUUUUUUGCAAACAGUUAAAGUUUCUAGGAAAUUUCAUUUUGAGUGUCUGUGAAUAUUUGAUAUUUCUAAGGGUGGAAACCCUACUUUUUCAAAUUAGCUAUUUUCACUUGUCCACUCUUGCAGACAGAAAGGCACAAGUUAAUGCCUGAGUUGGCUGCAAAAAAGAUGGAAGCUAACAGUUAAAGUAUGUUUUCCCUUUAUUUUUUCAGUUUUAUUUGCGGUUGUCUAUUCUAAGUAUUUUCACAAUAUGGCAAAGAUUGGUAUCUUGCUGAUAUGGUGUGACUCAAGGUUCCAUUGUUCCAAAGCACCGCACAUUAUUGCUUUGUAAUGCUGGGACAUAUAUAGUUCGUAAAAUCUUAGAAUAUGGUUGCAUAUUUUCUCUUAAAUUUAAAACAAACAGUAGCUCAAAUAAAAGUUUAAAAUAUAAUUUGAGUUGGGAUGCAUGCAUAUAAAUUGUAUAUAAAAUCCCAUGGUUUGUCUUUUUUCCCAAGUUCACAGAUAUUAAUGUUUUCAUUUUUUUAUUUUGCUGUAUUAGUUGAGAAUCAUUUGUAAAUCAUCCUAAAGAAACUCAUUGGAGAAUAUGUUAUGUAUUUUUGUUCCAUUUUAGUGAGCGAUGUAUUCAAUAUCCAUUGUAACGAGUCUAAUAAAUACAGAAA